AUGUAUUUCUGCAAACGUGUUCGGGAAUUAUUUGUCAUAGUUCUCGUCAUUGAAUCCUCUCUGUGUGACGUGAAUGAACCGCGAUGUUACAGCCGGUUUGACUACGACAAGAAAAUGAUGGAGAAAUUGGUUAGAACUGAGAUCAAGAUGGAGGAACUUCUCGGUAAAUUAGAAGUUAUGGAGAAGAGACACAACAGCGUUGAAACUAAGGUGGACAAUUCAGUAAAGGAAAUUCACGAUCUGGGAAAGAGACACAACAGCGUUGAAACCGAGUUGGACUAUUCAAAGGCUGCCGUGGAAACAUUCGAAAACAUGACAAAAUCUGAUAUAGGCGGACUUGAAAAAUCAAUCGAAAUGACCGAUCAACGUCUCGACGCUUUGUUCACAAAUAAUACAGAGAGUAAGCUUCAAUCUCCCGUCGCCUUCUUCGCCAGACUUUCGACUAGCUUUACAUCAUCCGCUGGACAGACGCUAGUUUUCGACUCCGUGACCACAGACGUUGGCGGCGGUUACAACCCGGGGACAGGCGUGUUCACCGCCCCGGCCGACGGUCUCUAUGUCUUCUCCAUCACUGUCAUGGUGUAUAUGACCACGUCGGCGACUUCAGCUCAAUUUAUUUUAAAGAAGAACAACAAUACUGUAAUGUGGCUUUAUGCAAGCGAAACGGACAGUGUUUACGAGACGGCUUCAGGAACUGGCAUUCUCUCCCUGGAGGUCGGAGAUACAGUUCAUGUUACAAAUAGAGAAAGUGGACGGUAUAUCUAUAGCGAAUACACGUUCUUCUCGGUUUAA